AUGUUCUGGGGCGGCAUUUCCAUCGAUAGCAAGACCGAGCUUGUGUGCGUUUCCCGAACUGGUGGCGCUCGAGGACAAGGAUCGCUAACUUCUGAUCGAUACAUUACAGAGAUCUUAGAAGAGCAUGUGGUACCAUAUGCGGGUUUUGUUGGAGAUGGGUUUAUACUAAUGCACGACAAUGCUCGUUCCCACACCGCAUUAAUUGUAAAAAAUUAUACGGAAGAGGUUGGGAUCCCUGUUAUGAACUGGCCAGCGAGAAGUCCAGACCUAAACCCAAUUGAGCACCUCUGGGACGAAUUUAAACGAAGAGUGCGGUCACAUGAUCCUGCCCCAACAACCCUCCAAGAUCUUCAAUAUGCUGUUGUUGCGGAAUGGGUGAACAUUCCUCAAGAACGCAUCGUACGACUCAUAACUUCUAUGAAAGAUCGUAUGGAAGCAGUAAUUAAGGCAAGAGGAAGUAGCACUAGAUUUUAA